CGAAUAAAUUACAUUUCUCGUAAAAUAAUCGUAUCAAAUUAAUUAAUAAUAAUUUUAUUAUGAAUAAAAACAUGGUUCAACAACAUCGUGAGUUUACUUAAAUAUAAAUGUAUCAAAAUUAAAUUUCUUUCAAAAAUAACUACAUCAUUACAGUUGGAAAUAUACAAGAAUAAAUAUCAAAUGAGAAUCCCACAUUUCCUUCUAGUAGUCUCCUCAACAAAAUGGGUAAACCUAAAAUCGGCGUUAUUGACGUACCUUUCGCAAAGGGACAACGAAAACAUGGUGUUCAAAAAGGGCCUAAAGUCUUAAGAGAUGCGGAACUAUUACAGAAACUUAAAGAACAUUGUAGAGCUGACAUCAAAGACUAUGGUUGUGUUGAAUACAAACCAAGUUCUGCACCAACUACAACAAAUCUACUCAAUUUUGGAGAAGUUGCAGCUUGCAAUAAACAACUUGCAAAGAUGACCGAAACUGUAAUGAAAGAUGGAAGAACUUGUUUAUCUUUGGGUGGUGAUCACUCCAUCGCUUUUGGUUCAAUAAGUGGUCAUUGUAAAGCAAAAAAUGGGAACGUAGCUGUAAUUUGGGUGGAUGCCCACGCUGAUAUUAAUACGGAUGCAACUUCUGAUACUGGUAGUAUGCACGGGAUGCCAGUAGCUCUUUUAGCUAAAGAAAUCGAGGGAUAUUGGAAAAGUCGACCGAAAUUCGAUUGGCACAAACCAUGUAUUUCACUUAAAAACGUUGGUUACAUUGGAUUAAGAUCGAUAGAUCCUUAUGAAGAAUUCUUUAUCAGCAAGUACGGAAUCACAGUUUAUGAUAUGGACCACAUUCAGAAUAUGGGAAUUCAAUCAGUUAUUGAUAACGUCUUAAAAAAAAUUGAUCCCGAUAAUAAUAGAUCGUUACAUUUAAGUUUUGAUAUCGAUGCUAUUGAUCCACAAUUCGCGGGAAGUACUGGAACUCCAGUUCCAGGUGGUCUUCUUGUACGAGAAGGAAUCUCAAUAGCAAACGCUUUACACAAAACUGGCCGUUUAGAUGGAAUGGACAUGGUGGAAGUAAAUCCAAAUUUAGGAUGUGAAAACUUACAAAAGAAAACUAUAACCACCGCCGUAGAAAUUAUCCUUGCAGCUUUUGGUAGCCGAAAACGAGGAUUUCCUUCCGACAUGCCUCCUUUAUUGCCUUCUACAUCCGGAUAGUAAAUAUUCCAGUUUAUUUUUAAAUAAAUUUCAUAAACCCCA